CUGGCCAGAGAGAGCCCCUGCGUCCUGGCAGAGAACCCCUCCCCCCGCCUCCUCAGUGACAAAGCCCUGAGCGGACAUCCGAAUUCCCGGGUCGGGAGUGGGGGCUGGGAGCUGGAGCUAGAGCAGGCCCUGGAGCUCCCCCAGGAGAUCAGGGUGCAGACAGCCAGGAGUCUGGAUGUCUCGAGGGGAGAGGGAGGCAGGCAGCUGGGCGCUGAGCCCAGACCCGGGGCUGCGGUGCCACCUGGCUGAAGUGGAAGUUCUCCAGCUGCCCUGCCCCAGAGGUGGCUGCAUCUCAGCGCCUGGCGAGCCAUACCCUGGCAGCGUUAUACGUGGCUGUUCUCCAGCUGCCCUGCCCCAGAGGUGGCUGCAUCUCAGCGCCUGGCGAGCCAUACCCUGGCAGCGUUAUACGUGGCUGUUCUCCAGCUGCCCUGCCCCAGAGGUGGCUGCAUCUCAGCGCCUGGCGAGCCAUACCCUGGCAGCGUUAUACGUGGCUGUUCUCCAGCUGCCCUGCCCCAGAGGUGGCUGCAUCUCAGCGCCUGGCGAGCCAUACCCUGGCAGCGUUAUACGUGGCUGUUCUCCAGCUGCCCUGCCCCAGAGGUGGCUGCAUCUCAGCGCCUGGCGAGCCAUACCCUGGCAGCGUUAUACGUGGCUGUUCUCCAGCUGCCCUGCCCCAGAGGUGGCUGCAUCUCAGCGCCUGGCGAGCCAUACCCUGGCAGCGUUAUACGUGGCUGUUCUCCAGCUGCCCUGCCCCAGAGGUGGCUGCAUCUCAGCGCCUGGCGAGCCAUACCCUGGCAGCGUUAUACGUGGCUGUUCUCCAGCUGCCCUGCCCCAGAGGUGGCUGCAUCUCAGCGCCUGGCGAGCCAUACCCUGGCAGCGUUAUACGUGGCUGUUCUCCAGCUGCCCUGCCCCAGAGGUGGCUGCAUCUCAGCGCCUGGCGAGCCAUACCCUGGCAGCGUUAUACGUGGCUGUUCUCCAGCUGCUCUACCCCAGAGGUGGCUGCAUCUCAGUGUCUGGCAAACACUCCCUGUGCAACAUUACUUAUGGUUGUGUCCCCGCUGCCCCUCUCCCGUACCUCCAUGCGGUCUAGCGUGGUGCGGCUGCUGCGGACGAUGCUAUUGCUGUAGGCGCGGAAGCUGCUCUGCUCGGAGAGGGGCCCGUAGCGCUGGGCGAGGAGCUGGGCGCGCAGGCGCAGGUACAGCUUGCGGGCACCGGAGUCGUGCCCGGCCUUGGCGUUCUCCCGCAGCAGCUGGCUGCGCCGCCGGAUGUACUGGGUGCGGAACUGCGGGAAGCCUGGGGUGCGGUAGGCGUUGUACCU